AUGUCAUGUGAUUUCAUUACGGACGCACGUCUUCAACCGAUGAUCGAUCAGUUUCGAGCUCAUAACGCAACAUUCUCCUGUUUGCUGAGCGAAAUGUGCGCCACAGGGCCUGUUCCUGGACCAAAAGUCAGAAGAAGCAAAGGUAGGGACCUAGUCGCUAUCGAAGAGUCGUCAGGUAGCAUGGUCUACAUUGCAUCUGAAGAAGACUUUGAUCAUCCUGUAAAUGCGAUGCCAUGGCUAAACAAAUUUUCCAAUAUCAGCUUGUCUGCUCGGUAUGUCGAUUGUCAUGUGUAUUUUAUGCGUCAUUCGUGGUCUGAAUAUUAUAAAUAA